UGUUCCUUUGUAACCUGGGCUCGUGUCUUCCGUAGCUCUGCUUGUUGCUGCUUGUGUUCUUACGGUUUUUAGAGGUGGGGUCUUUAGCUGGACCAGAAGGGGAGAUGGAGCGGGGAAGAGGAGAUUUGAGGGUGGAAGUCAUGCCCAAAUUCAAGCAACGAAGAAGAAAGCUAAAAGCAAAAGCAAAAAGAUUAUUCAAAAAAAAAGAAGCCUCUCGCUCUCAGUCCAAGCUAAUCACACCUCCCCCUCCACCACCCUCACCAGAAAGAGUGGUUAUUCCUUCAAUAGAUACACCCCUUAGCAGAAGCUGGCUAAGAUCAUCCUGGAACUUCAACUUUCCCAAUAUCAAAGAUGCGAUAAAACUAUGGACAAAUAAAGUGUGGUCUAUAUACAACUGGUGCCAGAACUGUAUGGCCCAGAGUUUAGAAGUAUUAAAAGAUACCAUCUUGCCAUCCCGUUUCUGCCACCGAGAACUUCACAGCCUAAAACAACGGUUUUGCAUUUUGGAAGGUGAAUUAUGCAAGCUCCGAGAAGCACUGAAGACUGUCUCAGAAAAUUCUUCCUGUCCAAGCUGUGGUCAGAUGUGUCACAUGAGUGGUAAACUUACACGUGUGCCUGCCUGUGUUUUCACUGCCCCUGGAGAAUCCAGAGCUGUACUUCCUCCCCUGCUGCCGCAGCCCACCAGCCAUCUUCUUCCUCCUCUGUCUUCCCCUCCCCCCCCCCCUCCCCCUCCUCCUUUGCCUCCGCCUCCACCUCCAAUAGCACCUUUGCUGCUCAGAAAAUCCCAUCUCACUAAAGCACUUCAGACUGGACCAUUAAAAAAAGAUGGACCUGUGCAGAUAACAGUUAAAGAUCUACUGACUGUGAAAUUAAGGAAGACACAGAGCUUUGAUGAAAAGAAGCUUGUACCCUCACCAAAGGCACGGAGUCCUCUAGUUACUGUCUCUGACCUACAGCGUGUUGCCCUGAAACCCAACUCCAAAGUGUUGUCAACUCGAGUCACAAAUGUCUUAAUUACUCCUGGAAAAAGCCAGAUAGAUUUGCGGAAACUACUUAGAAAAGUUGAUGUAGAAAGGAGCCCAGGUGGGACCCCACUUACCAAGAAAGAAAAUAUGGAAACAGGAACUGGGCUGACUCCAGUAAUGACCCGGGCCUUGAGGAGAAAGUUUCAACUGGCUCACCCUAGAAGCCCAGUUCAAACUCUGCCACUUCUUACAAGCAGCUUCGAUGAACAAAACUGAUGCCAAAUUUGCCUGACUCCAUAUGAUGAUCUAUAAAAUAUACAGAUAAAAUCACCAGAGUCCUUUUUUAAAAAAUAUCUAGUAGGGUAUGACAAAUAAUUAUACUAAUAUAUAAUUCCAUUUGAAGAAUUAAAGUAUGUAUGGAGCCCAUACAUGCUGUGGUAGAAUAUAGGUAUUUGGAUAUUUUUUAGUUUGCACAAUGAAUAAGAAAACAGAUAGGAAAAUGUAAUCCCCAAAGUGAUGUUUAUCAUGGAAUUACCUAAUUUAGGUUGGAGAGGUUAUUCAAAUUUAACUAUAUAACUCUAAUCUGUGCUCUUUAAACGCAGUUAUGACAUUAAGAAAAUAACCUGGUCCCCAUUCAUCUUGGGUAUUCUCAGGUAAUGGAAAAGUAUUUCUUUCAGCCUUGAAAUCUUGUGCAUUAAAUGCUACAGGCUUGGUUAUUAAAAAGACCCUCUAGAUUGGAUUUCUGUUCACUAUAAACAAUUUAAGAGGUAGGACCAUCCCCCAACUAUUUUCCAAAAGGAUUCAAAGCAAAACAUCCAAUGUGAACUUAAAAAUUAGAAUGUAUCAUUUCUAGCAUUUUAGAUAAGUAGUUAUACUGGCUCACUAAAGUCUGAGGUAUUUCUUGCUUGGAUAUCUGUUGACUAUAAAUUCAUACAGCUGAAUAUAAAUUUCACAAAGACCUCAGCAUGAACCUUGUAUUUUCCACACUGCCCUGCCAAGCAUUCCCUGAGGUCCAUAGCAGAUGCACUGGGAGACAUGGUUCCCUGUCCUGAACAGACUGUCAAUUCAGUAACAGUAAUAAUGUACAGCUCACUGGUUUUUUGUUCUUUCCUGCCAGUCCAGGGUUGCCAGAUUUAGCAAAUGUAAAUAUAUCAAAUUGGAAUUUCAGAUAAAUAACAAAUAACUUUUAAAUAAAAUAUGUCCUUUAAGUAAUGAAAACUUUUUUAAAUGUAAAUACGUCCCCAAUACUGCAUGAGGCACAUUUAUACUAAAAAAAAUUAUUGUUUCUCUGAAAUUAAAAUGUAACGGGGCUUCCUUUGUUUUAUUUGGCAUCCCCAUCAUUCAGUCACCUGCAAAGUUGCCAAGUAUCUCUGGGAGACCCCGGUUAGUCAAACAUGUCUGUUUAGCAAUGGACCCAACUAUAGCUUCUGCCAGGAUCCCCAUCUCUAAUGUGCUUAGAAUCACAAAGAAAGGGGAACUCUCAUUAGGGUGAGUGUGACUACAGGCAUAGAUUAGCUUUGAUGACUGCAGUUCAAAGAAUAAGGUUAGUAGCUCCUCAUGAGUAGGAAACAAGGGGUUUCAGAUCUUCACGGAACUUCCCAGCCUGAUGGGAAGUAACUACAUAGACUGCUUAGCUUUGGCUCAAAAGAUAUUUUAGCAAUUUCCCAGAAUUGUGGGUAUUUCCACAGAUAAAUAUCACUUUGAGAUACCAAACAGUGUUGUGGAAAGUCACCAGACUGGAAAGCUGACCUGGUGACAAUGUUUUUGCAAGACCUACAUUUAUGUUUACAACACAUUCAGGGAUGAAAAUGAAACAGAUAAUGAAGUCAAGGAACAUAUCUGCUUCUAGUAAAAGUUUAAAAAAAAAAAAAAAAACCUGCUAGCUAUAUUUAUAUAAUGUAAGGAUGAAGGGAAUGCUCACUGGGAAUGAAACAGUUGAAUAUUUGUAACUAUAUUUUAUGGGCUCUUACAAUGUUUACAACAUUAAUAAAUUGCCAUGUACUAUAUCAAUGUAAGUGAUUUGGUCAUUCUUAUAGGAUAAAGGUUCAUUUAAAGUGUUGUAGAAAUCCUACAGGUAAACAUUUGUAAAGCUGUUAUUGCCAUUGUACCACCUUGCAUGUGUACUACCUUGCAUCUUUUACUAAUUUUUUAUGACAUAUUUUAUUGCACCCAUUGGAGAAUCCUGUAAAUGCUACAGCUUCGUUAAACUGUUGAUGACCAUAUGCUUCCAGUGUUCAUUUUGAAAAUGAUUGACAACCAGAGAAAAUAUAGUACCAAGGUUUAUCUGGUUAUAUUUUUAAAUAAAGAGUAAUAAAAAACCUUUGAUUUUUCUUUUUUAACUUUUUUUACUAGAAAUAUAGCAUAUCAAUAAAACUGCAUAAAGCAUAAAUAUAUAAGCUAACAAAUCAUAAAGCAAACACUCAUGUAGCCAUCAAGAAAGAGACAUUAUUAAAUGUCUUUAGAAGUCUUGCCUGUCUCUUUUCCCUAUCAUAAUCCCUUUCCUCAAAGUUAGCUACUGAUCUACUUGUUACAGUAAGUAUUUCAUUGCUUUUACCUCUAAGUAUGUAUCCCUAAAUGCUAUAGUUUGUUUUGCUUG